AUGUGCUUAUUCAACCUCUUCUCAAAACACGAAGAAACGAAUGACCUACCACCACCAAGACCUACAACUCUUGGUCGAAGAACACCAGAAGCCACAUCCAGACUCCAAGGAAGCAAAUUCUCCAGCGACGCCAGCAGAAGAUCAUCUUCAGACAACCACAAAUACGGCCAUGGCUCUGGCAAUGGAUCAUUGGGCGUUGGCGGGCCACAUGACGGACCACAUGGUGGUAUAUAUGGCGGAGUGAAUGGAGGCAUUUAUUCUGGUGUCAGUGGAGGCCCCAACGGAGGAGUCAAUGGUGGUGUUUACGGAGGCGUCUCGGGGACUUCGAGCGGUGGUGGUCUUGCACCUGGUGGAAUGGGAACGUCACCUGGAGGAGGAUAUGGAUAUUUGUGA